UGUGGAAUGUCAACUAUUCAACAUGGAGGCGGAGGUCGAUAAGCUGGAACUGAUGUUCCAGAAAGCUGACUCUGAUCUGGAUUACAUUCAGUACAGACUGGAAUAUGAAAUCAAGACCAAUCACCCUGAUUCAGCAGGCGAGAAAAAUCCAGUUACACUCUUAAAGGAAUUGUCAGCGAUAAAAUCUCAGUAUCAAACUUUGUGUGCACGCUUUAAACCAGUUGCUGUUGAACAGAAAGAGACUAAGAGCCGCAUCUGUGCUACUUUGAAUAAGACUAUGACUAUGAUACAAGAGCUACGAAAACAAACAAACGUGGAGCUGGCACCACUGACGAAGAAGAGAAAACUGCAGCAGAGCAAUUUAAAAUCUCACAUGCCAGAAUUAUGAAGAAAUAGAAUUGCAGAGUGGAACUCCAAUGGAGAAGAGAACAAUUUGAAAUUUAGGAAGAUGUCUUUUUAACACUUGAUGAGUAGAGGCGGGGGGCUGUGAAGGAGGAGGUUUGCUUGAGACUAGAAAAUAACGCCUUUUAUAAAAGAGGAGACUAUACGAAGGGCAGAAGCCAGGAUCAGGUGUGCAUGCCUGUAGUCCAAGACUGGGGAAGUUGAGGCAAAGGACUGUUAGUUUGAGGCCAGCCUCAACAACAUAGCAAGACCAUGUCUCAAAGAAAGAAGGGCAUAUAU